CGAAGCCGCGGGCAUCGCAGCUCCCCCUUUUCGCCUUCCCACGUCGGGCUUCGGCGGCUCGGGGCGCCCGGAGGCGGCCCAGAUGGGCCAGCGGCCCCCGCAGCCCCCUCAGCGCGGGCCCGGCGGACCGCCCCUCGCCGCCCUGCCUGGCCCAGCCCCUGCCCCGGCGCCGCGGUCUCGCCUCGGGGCCGCGGUCUCCCCGCCCGCCCGGCGGCGGCGGUAGCCGGCGGGGCAGCUGCCGCCCGCGGCGCUCGCCUGGCGCCCGGCCCGGCCCGCCGCGCUGCGGGGCGGAGUGUGCCCCCGCCGGCUGGCCGUGGGGGGGAGGCGGGCCGGGGGCCGGCUGAGAUGGGAGAGAGCAUGUCCAAGAGGCUGAAGCUACAGCUGGGCGGCGAGGCGGAGAUGGAGGAGCGGGCUUUCACCAACCCCUACCCCGACUACCAGCCGCACGGAGCCGGAGCCACGGCAGCCCCCAGCACGGCGGAAGCCCAGCGGGACAAGGCGCGGCUCCCGCCGGAGGAGGAGUCCCUCCCUUUCGGCGCCGACGGGAAGGUCAGUGCUCGGUUCUCAAAACGGAUCCAGACAAAAAUCAAGGACCUUCUGCAACAGAUGGAGGAAGGGCUGAAGACAGCAGAUCCACAUGACUGCUCUGCCUACACUGGGUGGACUGGUGUUGCCCUCUUAUAUUUGCAGCUGUACCGUGUCACAAAAAACCAGAGCCAUCUGCAGAGAUCUCUUGAUUAUGUGAAGAGAAUCCUUCGCAAUCUGAAUGGCAGAAGAGUGACUUUCCUCUGCGGUGAUGCUGGGCCACUGGCAGUGGGUGCAGUGGUUUAUCACAAGCUGAAAAACGACAGUGAAUCUAAAGAAUGUGUUGCCAAGUUGCUGCAGCUCCAAAGGACAGUCAUAAGCACAGAUGCUGAACUUCCAGAUGAGCUUCUUUAUGGCAGAGCAGGUUACCUAUAUGCCUUGCUGUACCUGAAUACUGAAAUUGGUCCGGAUACUGUCCCACAGUCUCUUAUCAAAGAGGUAAUAGAUGCUAUUAUUGAAUCGGGGAAGAACUUUUCCAAGGAGGAGCGGAAAACAGACCGUUGUCCUCUCCUGUACCAGUGGCACAGGAAGCAGUAUGUUGGAGCAGCCCAUGGAGUGGCUGGGAUCUAUUACAUGCUCAUGCAGCCAGUUGCCAAUGUGGACCAGGAGACACUGACAGAGCUGGUGAAGCCAAGCAUUGACUAUGUACGUCAUAAAAAAUUCCGAUCUGGGAAUUACCCGUCGUCACUGAGCAAUGAGACUGACAGACUGGUUCACUGGUGCCAUGGUGCUCCCGGAGUCAUCCACAUGCUCAUGCAAGCUUACAAGACCUUUAAAGAGGAUAAAUACUUGAAAGAUGCCAUGGACUGUAGUGAUGUCAUCUGGCAGAGAGGUUUAUUGAGGAAAGGGUAUGGGAUCUGCCAUGGUACUGCUGGCAAUGGCUACUCCUUCUUGUCUCUCUAUAACCUAACUCAGGACAAAAAGUACCUCUACCGAGCUUGCAAGUUUGCUGAAUGGUGUUUGGAGUAUGGUGCACAUGGAUGUCGUAUUCCUGACAGACCUUAUUCUCUCUUUGAAGGCAUGGCUGGAGCAAUUCACUUCCUCUCAGAUAUUUCAGUACCAGAGACUUCCCAGUUUCCAGCGUUUGAACUUGGACCCCAAAGGAGGGAAAACAAAGUGGAACAGGACAGCUAAAAGAUCAUUUGAGAGGAAACUGAUGCCAAAAGAGAUGGGACUGUUUAGUGCCUCUGAUACUGAACCCACUCAGCCCUGAACUGAAGGAUGGAUUAACCCUUUUUUCACUACCCCCUGCCCCAGAGGACCAUGAAGUCAUUAGAGCAUGUACAGGAGAAGCCACAUUUAAGUUCCGUUGAAGUGACAUGUUCAGAUGUAGGACAACAGAAGUCAAGUUUUGAACUUUCUCUCUUCCGUUGUAUUUGUCUUCUUCAGGUCUUUGACAUGCUCUGCAUGUUUAUUGGUGUUGUCUGUUGAGUCGAGUCUUUUGUCGUUAGCAAAAAGCUGGUCCCUGUGUGAUUCUCUAUCCUGUACCUUCGUGCAUGACUCACAACAGCGGUGUUGCUCACUGCAGCGUGGUUACCCAGAGAGAUCCACCUUCAUGCCAGAGUUUGCUGCAGGGCAGUGCCCAGCUUCACUGGAGAGCUGGCAGUUUCAAAAACAGAUGAAAAACGUUUUUGCAGUCCUAUUUUUCUGCAUUUUUCUCCUCGAUCACUAGAAGCUAAGAUGAAGGAGGUAAGCCUUUUUUUGAUGUAGAGGUAAGAGGCCACCUCAGUUUUCAGAAACUUAGCAGGUUGGAAUGGACCUGACUUUGUCUUUUGCUUCUGCUGUGGGAGGUUUCUUUUAGAAAGCCUGAAAAGAGAGGCUCCCUUGAUACCUGAACCUGAUUAGUGUGUUAAGCACUUGCAGCACAGUGGACAUGGUUGUCUCCACCUCUGCAAAGCCCCCUCCCAUGGCACAAGUUUAACAAACUGAAGGUGUAAUCACUCGUACUAACCUCCUGCUGCCACCAGGAGCAGAGCAGGGGCAGCAUAACUGUGCUUCUCCUCUUCUGUAAGAGGAUGUUUAAUAAACCUGUCCUGCAGCAUCUUGUAUGCUUAGUGAGUAAAGGAGGGCAUCAGGGCAGUUUCUCGUGCUGGUGACUUAGGAUGACUGUUGCUUCCAAACCAAGGUGGUGAUUUGUUCUGGGCCCCUCCCUCCCUCUCCUCCCACCCCGCUGUAUUUAGCCCAUAUAGUAUGAUAGGACUCACCAGCUGCUUGUGAAGGCUGCAGAAAAUUUGUGAGCAGUAUGAAACCGUUGCUAGAGUAAUUACAGUUGAUUUAAUCUUAAAAUCCAAACAGAAAAAGCCCUUUGCCUUUUGUUUUAACUGUGCUGCUAGUGCUUUGCUUCCCCUUGUAGUGUGGUGGGGUUGUGAAAUACUAGACCUACCUCCAGGUGCUCCUGAGGAUCAGGCUUUUGGUUUGAGAAGAGCACUGGGACAUACUGGAAGUACACUUGGAGCAGGCUUAUGUGUUGCAGAUAGCAAGCAGGCUCACAGCUUGGGAAAGGUAAGGAAGUGUAGCACACACUCACUCUCUCCAGCUCUGCUGUCAUCCUUCCCCCAGGUCACCUUGUGCUCUGUCAUUCCAGGUGCUUAUUUUAAUUGAUACCUUUUGUUGGGUGCCAGUGUGACAGAUGGCAGAGAUUUUGACCUUUCAGAUGUGCAUUGGGAUAUAUGUGACCUGUGGGCCAUCUGCUGAGUGCCACUCUGUGCUGUCAAGCUUGGGAGAUACAUCGUUGCCCCUGCGUAAAUCUCUGAACAGUCGUGGGUGACUUCUUUGAACUUAGUAUAUUAUCUGUUGCCAAAUCCAUUGGGAUGUUCAUAAUCUCCACAUUCAGUUCUCCUGGGCAAGAGCAGCAGUGCCAGUGCAGGGACAGCUUAAUGUCACAGUGUAGCUCAUCUUCCGGUUUGUCAGGUAGGACUAAGACAGGAGCAGCAGCAGGACUUUUCCACCCCUCUGGCAAAGGGCAGCAGAUGAGGUGAUGGGGCACCAAACCCAGCUGCAUCUGAACAGUCAGGGAUGAGGGCAGCUGCAUGCCAGGCAGCUGGGGGGAAGCAAACUGGAGCAAAAGGCAGAAAGGGGAGGGAUCACAGAAAUGGGAGGAGCCGAUUACAGGAAGCAGUGCACAGAGUGUACCAGUAGAGGCCGUAUCAAAUGAGAUGUUCGUCCUGUCAAGCAUGCUAAAGUCUGCUGCUUCUUUCUUCAGCCUGUGGGUGACUAAUCCUGCCUAUAGAUAAGCCAGGGAGGAAACUGUCCCAGGGUCAAGUCUCGGCACAAAUCCUAGCAGAAGAGGUAGGUGGCAUCCCUGAUCUUGUUCGACAUCAUCCCACCAUGUUUCCUUCUCCUCUGCUGGGAGUGCAGAGCAUGUGGGAGGGGUAGCAGGGAGGAGGCUUGCCAGGUCUGCAGGAACUGCCUGCAAACACAGAAGCCACCAGGCCCCCUGGCAGAUCCUGAGCGUGCAUCCUGCUGACCACUGAACUUAGAGGGUCAACGGGCACGUUGUUUCAUUCAGUGAUUAUAUACAUAGAAACCUCCUUGGCUGCUCAGCUUAGAGUGGCACCUGUGGGAGGUCAUUUUGGCUAGCUGGAACCUAAGGGGAAUUAAAGCUUGCUGGUUUAAAAAAAAUAUGUAGGUAUAUACACACUUAGAACAGCUUAAUACUGAGCAGACCUCUGAGAUGUGUGAGUACACCCAUUGAAACAAGGAACAAGUCAGCUACCAGCUCAUUCUGUACUGUAGGCAGCCUGCUGAUGUGGUGGGGCCUGGCACAGUCUUUCCCCAUAGAAUCCUCUUGGAAUUGACAAGACUACAACUGUAACAUAUCAAGUCAGGAAGGAUCUGACAGUAUGUCUGCUUCAUCUUCCUGACAUGACUUUCCCUGUGGCUCCUCCUUUCUGUUUGUCACACUGCUGUGAUAUCCAGGUGGCCCAUUUAGAAAGGAUACAGCGUGAAGGUGAAAAAAAAUGUAUUUCAUCAAGGCACUAUCCCAUCAAACUAAAAUGUGGAAAAUGUCUUAAUAUUCCCUGGUUUGCUUUGUCCGUGUGUUAUAGUCCAUCUGUUGCAAAAAGCAGUUAGUGUUUAAAAUGGAGAUGCUCUUUGGGCAGAAAAACGGGGGGGGGGGGGGGGAAAUGCUGAUGUUUUGUUCUUUGGCUUUAUUAGUAAAGAUCAAGCUAUGUGGUGGUUAA